GUGUGAGUUUUGAAUUGCCGUUUGAAAAUAAAUGUUUUCCCCAGCAUUAAAGCAGCAUUUCUCAUUGGCUCUUGAUGGUAGCUGCGAUCCACGGUAGAAACAUUGAAUACAAAACUCUCAACGAUUCGGGAUAUCAUUUGAUUGAUGUAAUGAACUCUUCAGAGGUUUCCUAAUUUUUGGCGGGAAGUCGAGGGCUCCCUAGUGCCAUCGUCAUCUCUAAUGGCAACUAAAACAUAGCAGACAUUUAAUGAACUUUCACAAAACACCUAGAUUCAGCUGACCUCUGAGAAGGCUUCCUGACAUUUCGACGUCCCAACAAAAAUUCCCAGUAGCAAAACACCAAUGGAUGCGACGUGGGCAAUGGAGCAGCUGCUGUCUGCAGUUGAGAUGGGAGGUAGCCACAGCGAGGCCACCACACCAACGGCCACGACCACCAUAUCGAUCUGGAGCGCCCCCUCCGAGGGCAGUGGCUCUAGUUCCAUGGACCCUGUCUCCUUUCGGUUCCACUUGGACGGGCAGCCUAUACUGCCACCGCUGAUGACGAGCGCCAAGAAGCGCGAGGUGCAGCUGGCCCGCCAGAUGGCAGAAGCGCUGGAGAAGCGGUACCGCCUGGCCAGACACUCGGCGGGAUCCGACAUGGCCAGUAGGAGAAGUGUGUCACAGCUGCAGCAGACAGAAACGUUAAUCUAUGACAGCACACGGGGCCAGGCUCGUCCUCAGACUCUGGUCUUUGGCAAACAGUUGCCCACCAUACAGGUGGAUCCUCCCACGCCUCAACCAUUUGUGAAAUCAAUAGAAAACACUUCCCCAAGGCGGCAUAAUCGCAUUACCGAUCGUAUCCUGCAGUUCGAGCAGUCGGGACUGGGUAAGCUGCUGCCCAAAGUUCCAGAUAAGUGUAUCCUGCGCACAAGUCCUGCGGUAGCCGAAGACCAGCAGGAUCAGGAUACAAAGGACACAACGGCAAGGGAGCUCGGCAGUCCACUGGCAGAACCAGCUAAUUUUCAGCGUUCGAGAAGUUUCACACUAGAGGAGCCCUCCCAGGUUCUCGUGGAGCACAUGGAGAGGGAGGCCCUGGCUGUGAAACCCAGCCAGAGUUUGGCCAACUUCGAGAAGCAGACCAUCGAGUCUCAGGCCAAGCGGGUGAACCGUAGUGCAAGGAGUAUUAGCAGCAAAAUUAGCCACAACAGCUACAAUAGCAACAGUAGCGCCGCAACCAAGAGCACCAUCGCCACUAAAACCACAACCGCCGGCAGCAGCUGUUCUAGGCGGGAUCGCGAGGUGGAGCGUAUAAUAGAACGGGCGCUGGACGAGCAUGGCGCUUUGGAAGCCAGCCGCAAGGCAGGAGUGCGCAACUAUCUGCGUGGCCAUCGGGAGCGAAUGAAUCAAUUGGUCAUUCACCAGGAGAAGGAACGUCGUCGCAUGCAGGCCGAGUUUGAUCAUCAGCAGCGUCAGCUCAUAGAGGAACUGUGUGCCGAAAUUGAUGUUUCCUCGGCCACCGAAAAUCCUGACAGUCUGAUAUCGCAAAGCACCAGUACGGGAGACCUGCAGCGUUUUUCCCCCUCGCCUACGUUACCCUCCUUUUCAGAGGACAUAGAAGACUUUCCGACGAUGGAAGACAAGUGCCAAAUUGCGGGGCCUUCUUCCGCUCGCAAGAGGCUGUUUAGUCCAAAACCAUCAAAGGACUCGGAACCGCAGCUGCUCAGUGCCCCCAGCACACCGCGAUCGUUGCCCCUCCGGAACAGCAGCUUAACCAAUAGCAGACGAAGUGUCCAAGUUGUCCGGCGCCGAUCGCAAUCUGUGGGCGGUAGUCUAGUAAAAACAAUCACCGCAGCAGACCGCGAGGUGAAGAAAUCGCCAGCGAAGCCUGGAGGUGGAGCAGGACGACCGAAAAGUUCCCCGGGAAAAAAUAGCUCCAUUAUAGCGAAAAGGGGAAGCGCCCCACCAAAAAGCGCCUCACCGACCAAGCGGCUGGGCAAUCGCAAGAAGCCCUAGCAAUUCGGGUAGUCAGUUAUGCAAGUGCCUUAACAAAGACUGCGAGGAAAUCGAGGGACCAAGCCUCUAGCACCAGUAGCUAACCUAAUUACUAACCCAACUAGCAAGUGCCUUCGUUCCCUGUUUAAUUUCGCCUCUAAUCCCUGCCAGAAAUAUGUCGAGCUGAAACAGGAAGAGCGCCAGUGGGCGGCCACACGUAUUAAUGCCGGUGUGCGAGGAUUUUUGGUCCGCCGGCUUUUUGCAACCGAGCAAGUGCAGCGCAUUGUCCAAACCAUCAGAGACACCCUGAUCUUCGUGUUGAACCUGCACCUGGAAACUUGUGGACAUGGCCUGGAUGCAGAGGAGCCUGCAAACUUGCGCCUCAAGGCGCGAUUGCUUCAACAGCUCUGCUCCGCCAGUCGUACCCUGCACCUGAUCUUCUUCCAGACCAACAUAAAGGACCGCAUGGAGAUCAUCGCUCGGGAUCGCCAGAGGAUCAAGACCAAACUACUCCUCAAACAUCGCCGAUUGGAUUAGGAUUUCAUAGAACAGCUGUUUGGCAAAAGCCCGCGUGAUUUUUUGCAGCCAAGCUUUCAAGACAUUGCGGAGCUUUCUAGACAAAUUCGCCCUGAAAGCUGCGGCGGAUUGCCAAAACAAACGGAACUUUUAAAGCGAGUAGUCGUGUGUGCGUGUGAUGGCCUUAAAAGAAAACAGCAAAGGCAGACAAAUAAUCAAAAGCGAGAGAAAACUAGUUUAAUAACAAUUAAUUAUUAGUGAGCACGUAACCCACAGCAAUUGGCCGACCUCCCGCUCAUCCUGUUAUUCACCCAGCUGCCCGCGUGCCUUGCCCACCCAAUUCCAUAAUUCCGCCGGCGGCGAAUUUAGAACGACACACCAAAUUGAAAAAAUAAUAAUACAAAUAAUAAAACCACACCAAUAACAGAUUUC